AAAAAACAAUGAAUUUACAAUUUUAAUAAUGAAAAUAUUCGUGUCAAAUAAAAAUUUAAAGACAAGGUAAUCUAAAAAAGUUAUUAAAAUGCUGUACCGUACGUGUAACUUACGGAAUAUUAUUGGUUGUAAAUUAAAUCAUUACAACUUGGAUCAAUGGUAUUAUUUACAAGUGUCAUUAGGAAAACGCCACUCCAGUAUUUUUUUUAAGCAAUUCAGAUCUAGGGCUGACAAUUAUUAUAAAUUACUAUAUAACAAUAAUUAUAAUAAUUUAAAUGUCUGUGAUAAGAAAAAUCUCGAUAAAAUUUUAAAAGUUAAACAGACAAGUACCGUAAUUACAAGAUUGUCAUCAAAUACCAAUAAAUCAACAUCAUCAUCAUCAUCUGAUGAUAAUGAUGAUGAUGAUGGUGAUAAUGAUGAAAUAGUUAAAUUAAAGAAAGAAUUAAAAACAACAAUAAAAAAUAAAAUUGUUGAAUUUAAAAGUAAAGAAGUAGGAAUUGUUAAAGAGCGUGUUCUAGAAUCCGUUCCCUCACCAAAUGACAAUGAUAAUAUUAAUAAAAUGAUAGAAGGUGAUGCCGGAAAAAAAGCUAUUCAUCCAGAUGUUAUAAAAGCAAAAACACUACGGGUUGAUCUUUCAGCAGAAUCACUAGAAAGAAAUUUUAUAACGCCAGUACGAGCAAUGGUGGAUUUUUUAUUAAAACCAUCAGAUUUAGAAUCAUUACCAAAGACAAAACGAAGAUCACCCUAUGAAGAUAAGCCACCUAUUACUGUUUAUUGGAGAAAAGACGUUGAAGCUAAAGCUUUUGAGGUGUGGGGCUCACGUGAAGCUUUGAUGAAAGAACGGAUUAAAAAAGAAGUUGAACACAAAACUUAUCAACAAAAUAUUUUUACAAUUAAAAGGCGUAUGAAGGAUAUAAGAAAAGAAGUGAGUAAUGAAAAAAAAAUUAAAGAAAGAGAAGGGCUGUUAGGUAGUUCGGGUAAAGUUGUAUUGACAGCUGUUAUUAUAAAUGGAAGUAAUUUUCUAUUCAAAUUGGUGGCGUGGAUUUAUACUGGCUCGCACAGUAUGUUUUCAGAGUGUAUACAUUCCGCAGCUGAUACAUUUAAUCAAUUAAUUUUAGCAUAUGGAAUACACAAAUCUGUCCAAAAUCCAGAUGCAGAUCAUCCGUAUGGUUAUACAAAUAUGAAACACGUAUCAUCAUUAAUAUCAGGCGUUGGAAUAUUUUGUGUUGGUACUGGAUUAUCAAUUUAUCAUGGAAUUCAUGGUAUAUUAUUUCCAAAUCCCGUGGAAUCAUUUUACUUGGCGUAUUUAGUACUAGCAGGUUCCCUUGUGUCCGAAGGAGCAACUCUGUUAGUUGCUAUUAAUUCAAUAAAAAAAGGAGCUGAAGAUAAAAAUAAACCCUUUAAAGACUAUGUACUGAUGGGUCAUGAUCCAUCGGUAAACGUUGUACUUAUGGAAGACUUUGCAGCCGUUAUAGGUAUUGGAUUGGCCGGAUGCAGUAUGGGACUUACAUCCUAUCUUGGUAAUCCUAUCUACGAUGCCAUUGGAUCGUUACUUGUUGGUGGUUUACUUGGUGGUGUUGCUUCAUUUAUUAUUUAUACAAAUGUUGCUGCUUUGGUCGGUCGUAGUAUUCCUCAAGAAAAUCUUGAUAAAAUAAAUUCGGAGAUAGAAUCUGAUGUUAUGGUACGUGCUAUUUAUGACGUCAAGGGUAUUGAUAUGGGAAAUAAUCUUGUCCGAUACAAAGCUGAAAUUGAUUUUGAUGGUCGUGAACUUACCAGAGCUUACCUUGAUAAACAUGAUUUGACCGCAAUGUUAGAAGAAGUUAAAAAGAUGAAAAGUAUCGAUCAACUGGAACCAUUUUUAUUAAAACACGGUGAGAGUAUUGUCGAUAUGUUAGGCGGUGAAAUUGAUAGAAUUGAAUUGAAACUCAAGAAAAAUCACCCAGAAAUACGGCACUGUGAUUUGGAAAUUCUAUAAAAGUAAUUUAUAAUUUAUAAUUUUAACAGUGAUGAAUGUAAAUAAAUAUUUAAUUUAAAAAAUAUUAAAUAGCUUUAAGAGCUAAUAGUAUUGCUUGUGUGAUUGAAUUUGAAAGAGAUUCAUUAGAAUUUUAUAAUUUUGUCUGCUUUAUACAAAACUUUAUGGUAUAGAAAAAAAUUCUCAUGGCUAUAAUAAGAUUCUAUAUUUAAUAAAUAAUUUAAUUAAUUUUAUUUAUUUAUAAAUAUACAUAAGGUUGAUAACAAAUAAAAAUUACAAACUAAUCAAAGUUUAAUUUACUCAUACUUUGUGCUUCAAAUUUAUCAACCCAAGCCAAGUAGUAUUGAAUAUUUUUAAAAAUAAAGUUGUAAAUGUUUUUUUGUUAAUUUACAACAUUUAAAAUAAUUUAUUUGAAAUUUUUUACGCAGAGUUGAUCUAUUUGAUUUUGAAACAUUGGUAGUGUAAUUAUUUAAUUUGUCAAUUAAAACAUAUAAAUCCGAUAAAACAGCUUUCAAAUAAUAUAAUAUAAUAUAUUAUUUUAUCGUUAAUCGGUCGUUGAAUAAUUUUAUUUACAGAAGUAAUAACUAAAGUUUCACCAUUAUUUUCAGGCAGUAUGUUACAUUCAAUAGAUUUUUUUAAUUACCGUUUGUGCAGCUAGUUUGUCAUCAUUGAAUACUUUAUCACCACCUAUUAUAUCGUUUAAUUGUAAAAAAAUUUUAUAUUAAUUCACCUCUUUUAACUAUUAGAGGCGCUGAAAUUUGAGUUUCCGGCGCUACAAAUAAAAAUUAAAAUUCUUUCUUUUACAUUUAUUCUUGUUUUAAUGAAAAUUUAAUGAAUUAAUGUUUGUUAUUCAACUAAUGAUUAUUUAAUCAGUAUACGUAGAUUUAAUUAUCGCAGUUUGAGUUGUGUAACGAUAAUUAUUAUAGUUGAUAAUUAUUUUUCCGUGUCAUAUAAGAUGACACAGAUAAAAGUGUGAUAAAAAAAGAAGCCAGUUAAGUUUUAAUUUUUAAUGUGAUUGACUGCUGUUAUAUGUAUAGUAAAAUCAGAUUUAAUAAAUUUUCGUUUAUCGCGGUUAUAUCUGCAGACUA